AUGGCUAACUGCCGCCACCACUCUGGAUAUUUGGCCGAUGACGAGGGGGGCCACUCCACGUAUGUGGCACGGGUUCCGCCACCCAAGAAAUCAGUGUUCCUGGACAUGGGGCCAACUUUCAAGCUGGGCCAUGAGCCACACUCACCAUCCACGUAUGCCAGCUCAGUGCUCCGGUGCCACCGCCAAAAGAGGACGGCCCCUCAGCCCUUUGGCAGCUUCCUGGAUUUCCUGACUGAGGGCCAAGUGCUGGAGAGCCUGCAGACGGUGGUGGAGGAGGCAGCUGAGCGCAUGGCUGCCAUGAAAACAGAGGCUGGGCUGCCACUGGUGGAGGUGCAGGACCCAAUGGAGAUGCCAAGCGUCAGGCACCGGGUGCAUGCCCGGCCCAACCUCAAGACUGUGCGCCGGCACCGUGCUCAGCCCAGCCUCUGCGUGGGCCGCCCCAACAACUACCCAUCCUGCUCCAGCUCCAUGUCUGACUCCCAUAGCAGCCUCAUGGCUGGCUGCCUGGACUCCCACAGCCGUGACAGUGAUCUAGGUGCUCAUGGCUUAGGCCCACUGCCACCUAUGAGGGACAAGCUCCUGCUGGAGAAGAACCUCAAGCGACUGCUGAGGCUGGAGAACAAAGGGAAAGGCCUGAGUCAGUCCUGCUCCCGGAGGGAUUCCCUCCCGUGGGACUCCCUGGACAGCCAGACCAGCAGCCUGGGGAACCGGGAGCAGCCCCUGUCCUGGUUCUCAGGGCUUUUGGGCUCAAGUUCAGACAUACCUGAAGCAUCAGACCUGGGACCUGGAGAGCAGGAGCUGAUCUUUCUCAGGCGAGAGUUCAACAAGGAGCUCAAGUCUCGACUGAGUCAGCUGUCAUCCUUCAACCUGCCUGGCUACUGUUCCCUCCGAGAGCCUCAUCACACCCUGGAUUUCCUGGCCAAGCACCAGCUCUUCCCUGCCCUGCAGAGCGUGGUCAGCCAGGCUGUGGACAAGCUCAGUGGUGCCUACCGCCGUGAUGGCUGCCCUCUGUUCCCUGCCAACUUCCAGGGCACUUCAGAGCUACCGUCUGACUUCAUUGAGCCGCCACUGGCAGGUCGCCGAAGUUCUCCGAACUCCAAGUUGGCUGAAACCACCACUGACAGGGAGGAGCCCUGCAAUUCCCUCCAUACCACAGUCUCCAGCCCUAAGAUGACUUCCAAAAAAACCAAGGGCAAACAGGUCACCCCCUCUGUCCUUAGCGCCCCUGUGACCACCAGAUUCAGGUUCAAGGAGACACCCACAGAAGAGUCAAAUUUCCCAAAGAAGAAGCCGCUGCCCUCCAUCUCCUCCAGGUCCACCACGUCCCGCCACUGCACCCCCUGGUAUGACGAGCUCAUGAACUUCCUGACGCAGCAGGCAGUCUCCCUGCUCAUCUGCAAGUACAAGUUUGAGAACAGGCUCAAUAAGCAACUGGGCCUCAUCUCCUUCCCCAUCGCUGAGACUCUCAUGGACCUUGCCCUGGGCUUCAAGAAGGUGAAGGGUUCUCACAUCCGCUUGUCCUCAAAGCUUGACUGGACCUGCCUUUUGCGCAAGCUUGAGGAGGCCGACAAGGCCCAGCACACCUCUUGCAUCAGCGACAGGCGCAGCACAGAGACUGUCUCCUCCACAAAGCACCCCUCCGCGCAGGUCUCCUCCACAAAGCACCCCUCCGCGCAGGUCUCCUCCAUGAAGGUCCCCUCUGUGCAGCUUGAGCUGGCCACUGACAAGGACCAACCCCAGGCUGUGGAGUCCCACCACAGCUUCCACACUGACGUGCUGGCCAGCCAGCAGCUCAGCUCUCAGGAGCCAGUGACAGCUGAGGACCAGAUGCCCGUGAACCUGGUGGAGCGCAAGCUUUCUGGGUCCUCUGGCAUUGAUGUGGGCUCCAGUGCCCCCAAGUCUGAGGAAACAGUGAACAUCAAAGACAGCAAGGACUAUGACAGGAUUGAGAUUGAGGAUGAGGAAGAGGACAAGUAUGAGGAUGAGGGCGAGGUUGAGGCCUCCUUCAAAAAUGAAAACAUGUCCCAGAGCGAGGACUCUUCAGUCAGGCACUCUGUGGACAUGGGUCACAGUGACCCCCCAUGA